CUGGUACUAUCCACCCCCUUGCCAUUGGACCGAGUGGCUGCCAAUUCAACACAUUUGGGCGUGUAUUCGCCGACGCUGCUCUUCGCUGGGUGAAGUAUGUUGUGAUUGCAGUCCAGCUCGAGCGUGCGCGGGUCUCUGUCAUAACAACGGACGCUCUUUCGCGCUCUGGGAAUACGAGCCUUUUUGGACAUAAAUAACUAAUCUUGUCCCAACGCUUCUGUAACACUGGUCUCUGUCCUGCAAGAAUCAAAUUAUUGUCAACGAAACAAGAUAGCCAAAACGAAAGAAAAAGAUUGUGGAUGUCUUCACUUGGGGUGGCGAUCCUAACCAGCUAGUGCCAGUCAUCUAUCCGUGUCAGCUGGCUGAAUCUCUACAGUCAAAUUUGUCAGAAGUUUAAGAAAGUUUGCUGAGGAUUGCAAAACUAAUUGUGAAAAAAUCUGAGGGGGGUUCAACCCCCUGACCCUCCCCCAACUGCACAACCCCUCCGUACUUAUCGGAUCGGACCCUCUGAAUUCUUCACAUCUGUUGUGAGGAACCAAAGAUCAACUGAGCCAUUUGGUGGUGUAAUCCAUCUGUACUGAUACAGAAAGUGGUGGUGUGCCCACUGUUGGCCAUGCUGUUCUGGUGAGGUGUGGUGAACCCCUGCCAAAAUGAGGCUGGUGCCCGGAUCGCCUCGGCCCCUCCCCCUUCUGGUGGUGGGCCUGGCUCUAGCCCUCACAGCCCUCUUACCUCACCUGGCCAUGGGAGUCACACCCUUCCCCCAGGACCUGGAGCCAAUCAGCAUUGUGGGGAGAGAACACUCUUACCUGUACCCAAGCUUCCAUGGCCUCAUGUCAGACAACGAUACAGUACGACUGGGCCUGGACUUCCAGAGGAUGCUCCGGAUCAACCACAUGCUCUACAUCGCAGCCAGGGAUCAUGUCUUUGCUAUCAGUCUCAGCGCCUCCUCUGAGCAGAUCGUCCCACAACAGAAAUUGACUUGGAAGACAAAAGAUGUGGAUAAAUGCACAGUGAGGGGGAAGAACAGCGAUGAAUGCUACAACUACAUCAAAGUUCUGGUUCCACGCAACGAUGAGACGCUAUUUGCCUGCGGGACCAACGCUUUUAACCCCACCUGCCGCAACUACAAGAUGUCCACACUGGAACAGGACGGUGAGGAAGUGGUGGGUCAGGCCCGCUGUCCCUUUGAGUCUCGCCAAUCCAACGUCGGCCUCUUCGCUGGUGGUGAUUUCUACUCGGCCACCAUGACAGACUUCCUGGCGAGUGAUGCAGUAAUUUACCGUAGUCUGGGAGAGAGCAGCCCGGUGCUUCGUACCGUGAAGUACGACUCCAAAUGGCUACGAGAGCCUCAUUUCCUCCAUGCCAUUGAGUACGGGAACUACGUGUACUUCUUCUUCAGUGAGAUUGCUGUGGAGUACACCACACUUGGCAAGGUUGUGUUCUCCAGAGUGGCUCGUGUAUGUAAGAAUGACAACGGAGGUUCUCCCAGGGUUCUAGAGCGUUACUGGACGUCGUUCCUCAAAGCGCGGCUCAACUGCUCGGUGCCGGGCGAUUCCUUCUUCUACUUUGACGUUCUGCAGUCGCUGACCAACGUGCUGCAGAUCAAUCACAGACCAGCCGUGCUGGGGGUCUUCACUACACAGGCCAACAGUAUCACAGGCUCAGCAGUAUGUGCAUUCUACAUGGAUGACAUUGAGAAGGCCUUCAAUGGGAAGUUCAAGGAGCAGAGGAACAGUGAGUCAACCUGGACGCCCGUGCCUGAGGAGCAGGUACCCAAACCCAGACCAGGCUGCUGUGCCGGCGACGGCUCUGCCGCUGCCUACAAGUCGUCCAUGACCUUCCCCGACGGCACCCUGACCUUCAUCAAGAACCACCCCCUGAUGGACGAGGCGGUUCCCUCCGUCAACCACCGGCCCUACUUCACACGCACAACCAGCAGGUUCAAGUUGACCCAGCUAGCAGUGGAUACGUCAGCUGGGCCCUAUAAGAACCACACAGUGCUGUUCCUGGGGAGCGAGGACGGCAGGGUACUAAAGAUCCUGGCCAGCACCCAUCUCAACGCCUCCUUCAGCACACAGCUACUGGAGGACAUCGAUGUCUACAACCCCACCAAAUGUAACAUCCGCGGAGAGGACAGACGGGUUCUGGGAUUGGAGCUGGACAGGGAACAUCACGCCCUGUUUGUGGCCUUCUCCAGCUGUGUGAUCCGAGUACCUCUGAGCCGCUGCAACGACUAUGGCUCCUGCAAGGAGAGCUGUCUCUCCUCGAGGGACCCUUACUGCGUGUGGCAGAGGACGGGGAGCUGUGCUACGGUGGUGCCCGGAUUCAGGGGCGGAUUUGAGCAGGAUGUGGAGAACGGCUACCCUCACUACCCAGAUAGCUGCCACGACGUCCUGGCGACCACACGCAAGCAAAACACUCUUGCUGAUUCAGCAUAUGGGAAGACCACACCCACAACAACCGCCAGCACAACCAAUCAGGUGGCCCCAUUCCCAAAGGUGGCAGGUGACUCUGAAAGAGGUACAGGUCCAGAUGGCGGUCCUCCAGUCCCAGUUGGGGACCAGGGGUCACCUGACUCGGAACCAAUCAGUGUGGAGAUGGAGGGUGUCCGACGGCCUCCCGAGAUGGAGAAGACCAACCACAGUGUCCACUACACCCUGCUGAUCGCCUGUGUGCUGGUGGCCUUUGUCCUUGGAGCCUUCCUCUCAGGCUUUCUGGUCUCCUGCUACUGCAACCACACCGGCAACAAGACCAAGAGGCUGGCCAAGGACCCGGAGGCCCCCAUCCCUCACGCCCUGUCCCUACGCAGCCUGGCCAAGCUCAAUGGCCUGCUGGACAGCCAGAACAAGGAGGAUAAAAUGGAGGUGUCCUCGCCCAAGCUCUACAACUCCUUCUUCCAGAACGGGAAGGAGCAUCGUCAAGGAGCACCCAGACGGAACGGUGGUCACCACCCAGGGAUGACCAUGGGAGACCUGGUUCACCCCCAUCACCUACACCACUCUUCGGAGCUCUCUGGUCUUCCCACCCCAGACUCCACCCCUGAAUUGCCCAUCAAGAACAUGAAGGCUUUCAAGAACCAGUGGGAGAAGAACCAGAACUGCAACAAUGCCAAGGAGCCCAAGUCCCACAACAUGGGACAAGGUUCCAGGCCCAGCUCAGGCCUGCUCCACCAGCAGAUCUACCCCUACUCUCACAGCUUCUCCAAUGGGCAAGCUCUGGCCAAUGGGCAUGCCUUGGUUGGUGGACCCCAGCACCUGGAGGAGCGCAAGAUCCACAAUACUGAGCGCAUGUUGGUCCAGCAGCCUUACCCCUGCUACCCGCAGAAGGUGAUGGAGGUCACAUCACUGGACGAGCUGCUCAAACACAUCCACGAGGCCAACUCCAGCAAGAACACCCAGGUCAUGACUUCAUCCGGCCUGUCAGCCAGCGGCGGGUGCCAUGGCAGUCAACUAGCUUUUGCCAACCGCAUCCAGCCGCACAUCCCAGAGACCGAGUCGGCGCCUUACUACAGCUCGUCCACCCUGCCCCGAGACAGCCUGACCCGCCGCAUGGACGUACCUCCGGACAUGCCCCCUCACCACCAGUCCACCCUGGAGCGGAGGCACUCUUCCCAGAGACACUCACUGAUUACCGCUGCCACUAAGAUUGCCAACGGAGGGGGUGGUGGAGGGAUGGUUCACCGACAGCAAAGCUUCAGCCAGCGUAACGGCCACCAGCACCAACCACCCCCUAUGCUGGCUCGAAUGAACUCCACCGGCAGCGCCUGCGAGAUCCACUACCCGCUCAUCCCCAAUGGGUACCUGACACGCCAGCAGAGCUACAAUGGAGAGCAACAGGAGGAUACCGGAGGAUACCUCCACCGAGGGGCCAUAGUCCGCCGGACCACCUCCCUCAAACCCGACGUCCCUCCCAAACCCCUCUUCAUCCCUGCCUCCUCUCCCGUCAACCAACAGGGAAACUUCAACUACUGAGGAGA